AUGGACCGAUCUGGGCAGCUCCUGGAAGAUAAGGCUCUCGCCAAAUUUCUUGGUGUCGAGGGCGUGGACUUUGACAGUGGUAGUGAUACCAAAGUCGAGGGGGAGGAGCAAUUUAAAACCAGCACACCUGUGCGUGGGGACAUUUCCCAUCCGGCACCUGAUCCGUUCCCCGAACGUUGUGCCGCGACCUCGCUGACUGAGCUGGGAGCAAUGUCCCCCAUGGAUACAUCCAUUAUCACUAACCCGCUUGACGAGGAGCAACAAUGCAUGCUCGAUCAAACAGCAAGCGCACGGCGCAAGUCAGAAUUUCAGACAACGUUGCAACGACACAGUUAA